AUGAUCACAGAGACAGAAGUGAGGCAACGGCAGCCAAAGACUGCGAACGUAGCGACAACUUCGAAGGAAAAUGGAAACGUGACGUCGGUGGACUCUUCGGACAACGAUUGGGAAAUGGUCGGGGAAUCAAAGUCUUUGAAGAGUGUAAGUUGAAAGGAAUGGUAUUAUACAAUAGUAAACAAAUUCUGAAAGGAAAAUAUUUAUUUAAAGAUUAUGAUGGAAGGGUAACGGCGCUUUGAUCUUUAUAAGGUCUUGUCCAAAUCUCCAAAUUGAAGGAUCGCAUUUUCUAAAAAGGGAAGUUAGCAAGGCGUGGAUAUCCAUAUCUCUUUCAAGGCUUCUGAGUCGAUCCUACACUUGUUAUAUAGACAUGUUAUUCACUGAAACUCUACUCUCGAGCUUGUCAACAAAUGUACAAAAAAUUUUUCCAACCUUAGAGGCUUUAUUUAUGAGCCAAAUAAACUUACAGUGACGGACCGGAUCCAAUGGCAAAAAACGUAUCAUUUUGCAUCCCUGAAGGGACCAAAAUGUCUCCAAACCCUUCCCUUCUCUGAGCUAAAAAACCCCGCUUUGAAGAGCCCGCCUUGAAGGAAGGGGCGCGCUUUUCAAAGUGGAGUUUUUAGCUUACAAUUAGAGAAGGAAAGGGUUUGAGUCAUUUUUGUCCCUUCCGGGAUGCAAAAUGAGACGUUUUUUGCCAUUGGAUCAGGUCCCUCACUGUAAUUUUUCCUGUCCCUUUUUGAUUGUAAUCACCCUCAUCUUCGAAGUGCUAAUUUUCUCCAUUUCCAGUUCGAGGACCACCUCCAAGAUGCCGUCCACGACUCCGUCAAACAGGUCAUUCCCUCCACAUAUAUUCGAAAAACGGUUCCAAAGCGCUUCUUUCGCGGGUGUUGUACGGGAAUGGCAAUCUUUUGGUUUGUAAUCGGAGUCCUCGUCCUACGGAAAACAGAGCGCGCAACCACCGCGGUGCGGUAUAUCAAACAACACGGGCAUACCGUCGGCUUGGAUACCAUUGAGAGGUCGCCGGAGUUUGCGGAAUUAAUUGAGACCUUGGACAAGGAGUUCACACGGCCUCCGGCAAUAUUUCUGUUGAAUCAGUAUGCGUUGAACAUGACGUUCAACUUCUUAUGCAACACCCAAGAAUUCGAAGGCGCACAUGAUCGAUUUAUUUUUGUUACACUCGACUCUGUGGCCAGAGACACUUUGAAGGAGUAUUGGCCAAAUGUGAGGCAGUUUUACUGGCCAACGCCGAGUUUAUAUGUAAGUUUAGACUUUUGAAUCUGCAGGAAAAAGAAGGGGAAGAUCAUAAUUUAAAAUUUUAGAAGCCUUUCUCCUUCGCUGAAGGACCCUACCAAACAAUUUAUCUUCUCCGUGCCAACAUUGGAAUCGCAUUGCUGAAAAGAGGAAAGUCCUUUUGGAUGAUGCAGCAAGACACUUUCUGGAGAAGGAACUUGUUCGAACUCAACUUGGAGGAUGAUCAUUCAUUUGACGGACUGUUUGAUCAAAUUGGAAAGGACGAGUCAAGCCAACGGGCCGAGUGGGUUAAUGGUAAGUUGAGGACAUCCCGUUUGUGGAAUAAUAGGGGUUCCAAAUUAUUGAAUUCUGUUUCUGUCUUACAUUCAGCCGUACAUUUUCUUAACGUAAUAUUAUAUUUGACGUUUUCAGGAGCCAAUUUCUUCAUUCACGCGAACAACUACACGCUGGAGUUCUUCGAAGCGAUGGCUGGAAAGCUGGCUCAUUGGUACGCACCUGACAUGGGGAUCAUGAUCCAUCAAUGCCAUACGUGGGGAAGGCCGAAAUGCCAAUACAUCUCACAUAAGUAAGUAGUUUGUAAAAUACGCCACCGUUCUCUCUGUUAUUUCCGACUCUGAUAGACUUUAUUUAGCAAACUGGACAAAAAAAAUUUAUCAAAUUUCAGAAUCGGCCAUAGUUGGGAAUGGAUGUACACCGACCAGAAAGACCCUCCAUACAUUCUUCAGCUCGACUGUGAGACGGACGGAGGCUCGAAACUCCAACAAUUGGCCCGUUUUGGCUUCUAUUUUACCAAGCCCGAUGGUCGGACUUGCAAUCCGGAAGCGGUGCAGAAAGCGCGCGAACGUAUGGACCGAGGUGAGGUCAAAGUUGACGACGAGAAGAGCUGGCUGACCUUGAGCUGGGGCCGUUUUCAAUUCCGGCUGUAUUGGUGGUUGGUGGAUCACAUGCUCAUGACGCCCAUUAUCGGCCCAAUGCUAAAGCCGUACCUCCCGUUGGUCGGAUACAUUCUCAUGAUCACCAUGUAG